GUUCAUAUUUGGUAGGACGCGAGCUUUCCUCCCCCAAGAAAUGAAGGAAUGGACUCCCAAUGGAGAGAGAAAAAGCUCUAUCCUCUGUUAGGCAUAUUCUUGUUAGUCUCUCUUCUUUACUUGAACUUCAAUAACAAUCUCAGCUUCCCAGUCCUCCUAUGGCAACCCAAGAUGGGUUUUGUCUCUACCAAUUCCACACAAUUCUUCAUCAUCAAUGGUGGUGGUGAUCAGGAUCUAUAUUCGCCGCUGUAUGUUAAUGGAUGGAACUCCUAUUGGUUAAUGGAAGAAAGUGUGUGGACCUCUUCAAGAUCCAAGGUAUCCAAGAUGCUUAAGAGAGGAUCCCAAAUGGGGUUGACUGUCUGCAGGACUUGGGCUUUCAGUGAUGGCCAUGGUCCUAAUGGUUUGCAGCUCUCUCCUGGUGUCUUCAACGAGAGGGCCUUUCAGGGGUUAGACUUUGUGAUAGUUGAGGCAAGGAAGCAUGGCAUAAGGUUAAUCCUCAGUCUAGUGAAUAAUUUGAACGCGUUUGGUGGAAAAGAUCAGUACGUGAGGUGGGCACAAGAAGCUGGGAUUAAUGUCUCUUCAUCAGAUGAUUCAUUCUUUUCAAACCCAACCAUUAAAGAUUACUAUAAGGCCUAUGUCAAGGCUAUUUUGAUGAGAAAGAACUCUAUGAGUGGAGUUAGAUAUUCUGAUGAACCAGCAAUUUUUGCUUGGGAGCUCAUGAAUGAACCUCGUUGUGCAUCUAGUUCAUCAGCUCCUUUUCUUCAGGCAUGGAUAACUGAGAUGGCUGCUUUUAUCAAAAGUUUGGACAAAAAACACCUAGUGACUGUUGGAGUAGAGGGAUUUUAUGGCCUGACCACAAGUAACAAAACAGAAGUGAAUCCUGGGAAAUGGGCAGCCUUACUUGGAUCGGACUUUAUACAGAAUUCGGCAGUCAAAAACAUAGAUUUUGCUUCAGUUCACACUUACCCAGAUAGCUGGAUCCCAAGUUCUGAUUUGAAAGCAAAAGCAAAUUUUCUUUCGCUUUGGGUGGACUCUCAUAUAAGCGAUGGGGACUUUGUGCUGAGGAAACCUGUUCUUUUUACAGAAGUGGGCUCUACAUGGCAUGUAAAUAAGAAGGGAGUAUAUGACACUGAUGCAGAUGUUUUCUUGAAAAUGGUGUAUGAUAGAAUUUAUGAUUCAGCAAAAAAGAGGCAGGCUGGUGCAGGAGCCUUAAUUUGGCAGCUACUAGUUGAAGGAGUGGAGGAAUACAGUGACCAGUUUUCCCUUGUGCCCUGGCAUUAUCCUUCCACCUAUAAACUGAUAGAAGAACAAUCAUAUAGGCUACGAAGUGUUUUUGCCAAGAGCAGUAAAGAUGGAGAGAUUAACAGGAGAGGUCCUUGAUUUUGAACUUGCAGAUAAGCAGAAAUCAAUCAUGCCAAAUAGUAACGUUGAAGGUGGGAGCGGGGUAUUAGGAGUUUUAUAUGAUUCUUCUGAUAGAAAAAUAAAAGCAAAGAAAGAAGAAAGAGUGACACUGAUUCAGGUUUAUUUAAUUCUUUUUAGAUGCCAGGCUAAGAAGUUAGAAGUUAUAGUUGUGCUGUGCAGCCGGUUGAGUUUGGAAAAUUCACCUUGAAUGUUGUAAAUCGCUGUACAUAAUUUGUGCAGUUGUUGUUGAUAAAAAUCAUAUGUACUUGGUCAUAAUUGUUUGUUGUAUUUAUAUAGCUGUUAUGAUAAUUAUUUUGUCA